AUGAUCGCGACUUUCGACAUCCUCGCAUUCGAGCUGAUAGGUCAGCUCGAAGAGACUCAACUAAAGCCCGGCGAUGAAUGGGAACAGAUGCCACCACUAACAGAAGUCAUCGAUGGUAUAAAUCAGUUUACGCAACACUACUUCCAGCUUGGCUUCAUUCCUAAAGUACAGUUUCCUCAACAAAUGCGCGAAGACCGGCAGUCAGUGAGCCUAUUUCUUGUGGUCAGCAUCCUCAGUAUCUCGGCACGCCUCAGUCCCUCCCUUUCUACUCGAUAUGGUAACGGUAUUGAGGCGUCCCAAUUCUUUAUGGAACACGCUGUCUUGAUGGCGAGGGACGAGAUCUAUCGAUCGAACCUGGAAAACUGCCAAGCCUUUUAUCUGCUUAGCAUUGCACAACAAGGCAGUGGGCUAAAGAUCGAGAGCCAUAUCAACAUGGGCAUUGCUCUGCGGAUGGCAACCACGUUACAGUUGCAUUUGGAGGAGACCUACGAUGUAGAGAACCCCACACCCGAUAUCGUUAUACGUGGAGAAUCUGCUCGCCGGACUCUGUGGAUGUUGCAUAGUCAGGACCAAUUGCACUCGGGUGCUCACUCGCCUAUUUCCCUAGCUGCCUCAGACAUUACAGCGCUUCUGCCAUGUGAUGAGGAUGACUUCGAUAAUGGUCGAGUUCCUCUUUCACGGGCCGCUCUUGAGGGAACCCCUCCUGCCAUUAGCGAUCCAGGACUUGUGCUGAACCCAAAUCGAUCUCUGUUUGCAUCUCUUCUUCAAGCACACCAUUUCUGGGGAAGUAUUACUCGACGUGCCGUUAAAUUCACCGUUAGAAGAUACCCCUGGGACCCAAAGAGCAAACUUGCAAGCGUAUCAAGAGAUCUAGACCAAUGGGAGAGCAACCUACCACGAAACCACCAGUGGAAUCGCUUCUUACUGAAAGAAUAUAAGGCUAAAGGACAAGACUUGGCAUAUCUCGGUUUGACAAUGAUACCCCGCCUCUGUAACAUUGUUCUUCGUCGUCCAUACUUGAUAGAUAUCUUAAGUGUUUCUCCCGCAUACGAGCAGAGACCAGCAGUUUUUGACAAAAUCGCGUGCGACCUCUUCUCCAACGUUCAUGGUCUUUAUCAACAGAUCGAGGCUCAAUUCACAACACGUUCUGCAGGUGAACAUGUCGGCGCUCAAAUGGCUGCCUUUUGCGUUUAUAGUUGUGCUCUUUUUUCUAUAUACUUGUGUCGCUACCCAAACAUCUGCCCGGAUCCUAAUAUCACACGCGAAGGGCCUAUGAUGUUUCAGCGCACUCUGAGUAUUUUGAUGGAAUGCAAAAACGUCUGGCCACUUGCUUCCCGAUGGGUUGAUGCCCUAAAUCGAUUUGCUCAGGAUCCUACCAUGUCAUUUGCCAGUGAAAGUGGCAUGGCAGACUGCAAAGACCUGGUUCACAAUUCUGCAGUCGACUUUCCUAUUACUACCCCUACAUCGUCUGGUACAUCGCCUGCUUCAUCUAUAUACGGCCAACAUGGGAAUUCUCUUGAAACUCGCUCUACUACUCUGCAGCCCCCGUCUCCGCACGAUAUCCCAGCCUCGCUGUCUGGCCCUCGCGGCAUUCCUUCUCAUUUCCCUUCUCCUCACAUACAACAACAAGCUCAAAUACAUCAGCUGCAAGUCCAUCAUGUCCCACAUCAUCACCAUCAACUACAACAACAACAGCCGUCACCGCAAGUGCUACCGCAACACCAGACGUUCGUCCCGCCUCAGCUUCAGUCCCAGCUUUACAUGACCUCUGACGAUAUGACCAAUAUGGAUAUGGCACUUGGGGGCUUCAAUCUGAACGUCAUACACAGCUAUCCCAUCGCAUCGCAGCCCCAACCCCCCUUAGCAGCCACAAGCACAAGAUCUACAGCCGUCACACACGUACCACUUGACCCUCCUGCUGACGGCUACGAGACCGAGCUGAAUUUCUACUCUUAUGGGCCCCAGGAAUGGACGCCGGCAAGCAACAUAUUCGACGGCUAUAGCUAG